UUACUCUAAUCUACUACCAACAUCCCUUCAACUUGAUCGGACUGAGGAGGCCUACAAUUUCCAUGCCUUACGACGAAACUCUCCAUCUUUAUGCAUGGAUAUUGGCUAAGCGCUCGUCCAUUCGUUCAGUUUUCAACCUGAGGUGUUAAAAGGUGGCACUGGAUAGCCCGUCGUGACUUUUCUCACACGGCGCGACUGGGCUGCUCUUCAGUAUCUCAUGGCAAAUAGCACUCUACACAAAGCGAACCCUCCGAAUAUCUUACAUCUACAUCUCACUCAACCUCGCCCAUCGUAUUCCAGAAUUAUUCAACAUCACAACUGAAGAGAUCCGAAUUGUAUAUCUCGAACCCCGCUAGUUUAUCGUCGACACACUACCGUUUCGUCGAUAUUUCCUUACCGUCCCGUGUUCCCUUCGUUCCCUUUCCUGAAGCCGACUGAUAUUCCGCGCGGCAUGUACGGGACCAGCCAUCAGCAGGGGCACAACUCGCGCCUCAAUGGCGUCCCCGGAGGCCGUGGCAUGGCGCCCCAGAUGAUGUACAACUUCGUCCAACCCCAGGGUGCUCACCAGCACCACACCCACCCACAACAACACCACCAAAAUAUGCCACAGGAUCAUACAGGUCAUGGCGGUACAUCUGGGGCGCUCACCCAUUCUACCUUUUCUUCCGGUCUUAUGUCCAACGUCACACCCUUUACUCCAAGCAGCCAUCAAAACGGCAACACUCCCGGUUCGCGAGGUGGCCAAACACAACAAUACAGCGAACAUUGGAACGAGCAACUUCGAUCUUUCAAGGAAUCCGAACGUGCCCACCAAACCAUGACCGAGCAGCAUCAACCGCAUUACUUUGCGAGGUUAAGAGCAAACGAGAAUAAAGGCAUCGGUCCAGCUCUACCAAGCACAAACCAAACCGACUCGGCCGUAGACGGAGAACUUGAGGACAGGGGCCGACCCGUUAAUGUCGAUAAGGCUCUUGAUAGGCAAGACUGGUUAAACCUCGACUUCAGCGGCCAGGGCUUGAAGAAUAUUUCCCCGAUGCUUUUCGAUCAUUACUCCUUCCUCACCGAAUUAUACCUCGCUUCCAACAAUCUAACGCGCUUACCUCGGGAAAUAGGGCAACUCAGGUCCCUAAGAUAUCUUGAUGUAUCUCAUAACCAGUUGACGACUUUACCCCCUGAGUUGGGCAUGUGUACUCCUCUCCGCCAGCUUCUGCUGUAUAACAACUCGAUCCAGACGAUUCCUCCCGAACUUGGAGCCCUACACUUCCUAGAGCUCCUCGGAAUCCAAGGCAACCCCUUGGAACACGACCAGAAGCAAAAGUUAAUUGAGGAUGGCACAAAGGCUCUUAUCUCACAACUUAAGGAACAAGCACCAGUGCCGAUACCCCCGAACCCCCGUGUACCUAUUACUAUCCAGGAAGAUGUGGGCUCAGAUAAAGAGCGCAUCCGUAUCAUGUCGUGGAACACCCUCUGCGACAAGUACGCAACCAGUACCCAGUACGGUUAUACUCCUGCCAGCGCCUUGUCUUGGGAGUAUCGAAAGGAUAGUAUCAUGCGGGAGUUCCGCGAAAGAGAUGCCGACAUUCUUUGCUUGCAAGAAACCGCCAUGAACGCUUUCGACACUUUCUUCACACCCGAGCUUGGCAAACAUGGUUAUAAGGGAGUUUUCUAUCCGAAGACUCGCGUUAGCCACAUGACUGGCAAGGAUCAGCAAUCAGUAGACGGAUGUUCUAUCUUCUACAAGACAGACAAGUACAUCUUGUUGGACAAGCAGCUGGUUGAUUUUAGACAGACUGCGAUCAACAGACCCGACAUGAAGUCUGCCGAUGAUGUCUUCAAUCGCGUUAUGCCCAAGGAUACGAUCGCUGUUUACUGCUUCUUUGAAUCACGAUUUACAGGUAACCGAUUUAUCGUUGUGAAUGCCCAUCUUUGCUGGGAAUCUUUCUUAGCGGAUGUGAAGGCUGUACAAACGGGUAUUCUCAUGGAACUCGUUACGAAACAGUCAGAACGGUACACACGAAAAGCACCACUUCCGCUUAGCGACAAGAGAUUAAGCAAACCCACGUCCACGGAAGAAGACGACAGUUCUACUGAUGAUUAUCCUGAACCGGCACCUAGCCAAGAAUAUCGCAACAAUACCGAUAUUCCUUUACUGGUCUGCGGUGACUACAAUUCCAUGGCAGAUAGCUCUGUCUACGAGUUACUCGAGAAAGGACGUAUACCGCCCGACCACCCCGACCUCAUUGGACAUUCGUACGGCAAUUUCACGCGUGAUGGUAUCGAACACCCCUUUAGCCUACGUAAUGCGUACGCCCAUCUCUUUGGUACGCCCGAAGAGCUUACCUUUACGAACUACACGCCUACCUUCUCCGGUGUGAUCGACUAUAUUUGGUAUACUACCAAUACUCUAGACGUUGUCGAACUGCUCGGCCCGCCGGACUAUGAAUACCUCAAGCGCGUCCCAGGAUUCCCGAACUAUCACUUCCCGGCUGACCACAUCCAAAUCAUGGGCGAUUUCGUCUUCAAGUCCCGAAAAGACAAGAAGGUCAUAGCAGACCAGGAUAGAUCCAGUGGCCCAUCCAGAGGCUAGAUCCAUACUUUGGCUUACGAGGAUUCCUAGCAAUUGAAUAUGUACAAUUGCGUAUCUCUCUGAGCACUUACUCUCGAGGCAUUUGCUGUUGCUAAGCACUACCGUUACGUAC